GAUGUUCCAUCCUUGCAGGCAACGGUAGAGCGCAAGUCAGAAAAGAAAUACGGAAACAGCAGCAUCUGAGAGUAAAAGGAAAACAGAGCGGAAUUUGCCGCCUUGUGAAAUGGUUCUUUUAGGAGACAAAAGAUAACCGAGUGCUUUGAGGACAAGUGCCGGCAAUUUGGUGAAGUUAUUUAAUUAAUUGAAAUUGUAAACUGCGAGUGAAAGCAAUCCCAAAAUGCGACCGAGAGGCAGGGAAAACAGGCGAGUUCUGGUCCUGCCGUUGCUGCUCCUUCAAUUCAUCUGCAACUGCCGAGAGGCAGAGACUCUGCCAGAUAUCAUCAAGAUUGGUGGGCUCUUCCAUCCCUCCGACGACCACCAGGAGCUUGCCUUCCGCCAGGCCGUGGACCGCAUCAACGCCGACCGCUCCAUCCUGCCGCGCUCCAAGCUGGUGGCCCAGAUCGAGCGCAUCUCCCCCUUCGACAGCUUCCAUGCCGGCAAACGGGUUUGCGGUUUAUUGAACAUUGGUGUCGCUGCCAUAUUCGGACCACAAUCCUCGCAUACCGCCAGCCAUGUACAGAGCAUUUGUGACAACAUGGAAAUACCGCAUUUGGAGAAUCGCUGGGACUACCGACUGAGGCGGGAAAGCUGCCUGGUGAACCUUUAUCCGCAUCCUAAUACACUCUCAAAGGCUUAUGUGGAUAUUGUACGGCACUGGGGCUGGAAGACGUUCACCAUAAUCUACGAGAACAAUGACGGUAUCGUGCGACUGCAGGAGCUGCUUAAGGCACACGGUAUGACACCCUUUCCCAUUACGGUGCGCCAGCUAAGCGACAGCGGGGAUUACCGUCCCCUUCUUAAGCAAAUCAAGAACUCAGCCGAGGCCCACAUUGUCCUGGAUUGCUCCACGGAGCGCAUUCACGAGGUCCUCAAGCAGGCCCAGCAGAUUGGGAUGAUGAGCGACUACCACAGCUAUCUGGUUACAUCCCUGGACCUGCACACCGUGAACCUGGAUGAGUUUCGCUAUGGCGGGACCAACAUCACCGGAUUUCGGCUUAUCAACGAUAAGAUCGUCUCGGACGUGGUGCGUCAGUGGAGCAUCGAUGAGAAGGGCCUCCUGCGUUCGGCCAAUCUGACCACAGUACGUUCGGAGACGGCUCUGAUGUACGAUGCCGUGCAUCUGUUUGCCAAGGCGCUGCAUGACCUGGACACCUCGCAGCAGAUCGACAUUCAUCCGAUCAGCUGCGACGGCCAGAGCACCUGGCAGCACGGCUUUAGCCUCAUAAACUAUAUGAAGAUCGUCGAGAUGAAGGGCCUCACGAAUGUGAUCAAGUUCGAUCACCAGGGUUUCCGCACCGACUUCAUGCUGGACAUUGUGGAGCUUACGCCAGCGGGAAUCCGCAAGAUCGGCACCUGGAACUCCACGCUACCCGAUGGCAUCAACUUUACACGCACCUUCAGCCAGAAGCAGCAGGAGAUUGAGGCGAAUCUGAAGAACAAAACCCUAGUGGUGACCACCAUACUGAGCAAUCCGUAUUGCAUGCGCAAGGAGUCGGCUGUGCCGCUCAGUGGCAACGAUCAGUUCGAGGGCUAUGCUGUCGAUCUCAUCCAUGAGAUCUCCAAGUCCCUAGGUUUCAACUAUAAAAUACAACUGGUGCCCGACGGCAGCUAUGGAAGUCUGAAUAAAUUAACAGGGGAAUGGAAUGGCAUGAUACGAGACCUGCUGGAGCAGCGUGCCGAUCUGGCUAUAGCGGAUCUCACCAUCACCUUUGAGCGGGAACAAGCUGUGGACUUUACCACACCCUUCAUGAACCUGGGCGUAUCCAUCCUCUACCGCAAACCCAUCAAGCAGCCACCUAACUUGUUCUCCUUCCUGUCGCCCUUGUCGCUGGACGUUUGGAUCUACAUGGCAACAGCCUACUUAGGUGUCUCAGUGCUGCUCUUCAUUCUGGCCAAAUUCACACCCUACGAGUGGCCAGCCUACACCGAUGCCCAUGGCGAAAAGGUGGAGAGCCAGUUUACGCUGCUCAACUGCAUGUGGUUUGCCAUUGGAUCGCUGAUGCAACAAGGCUGCGACUUCCUGCCCAAGGCUCUAUCCACUCGUAUGGUGGCUGGCAUUUGGUGGUUCUUCACACUAAUUAUGAUCUCUUCGUAUACGGCCAACCUGGCUGCCUUUUUGACGGUCGAACGCAUGGAUUCGCCCAUCGAAAGUGCCGAGGACUUGGCCAAGCAGACGAGAAUCAAAUACGGUGCCCUCAAGGGCGGCAGCACAGCGGCUUUCUUUAGGGACUCAAAGAUCUCCACGUAUCAGCGCAUGUGGUCUUUCAUGGAAUCUGCACGUCCCUCCGUCUUCACAGCCAGCAAUGGCGAAGGUGUUGAUCGUGUGGCCAAGGGCAAAGGUUCCUAUGCAUUUCUGAUGGAGUCCACCUCCAUUGAAUAUGUUACCGAACGAAACUGCGAGCUGACGCAGGUCGGAGGCAUGUUGGACACCAAAAGCUAUGGCAUAGCCACCCCACCAAACUCACCUUACCGCACUGCCAUCAACAGUGUCAUACUCAAGCUUCAGGAGGAGGGAAAGCUGCACAUCCUGAAAACCAAGUGGUGGAAGGAGAAGCGCGGCGGUGGCAAGUGCCGUGUGGAAACCUCCAAGUCAUCAUCGGCGGCCAACGAACUGGGCCUGGCCAAUGUGGGCGGUGUGUUUGUGGUGCUAAUGGGCGGCAUGGGGGUGGCCUGUGUCAUAGCUGUCUGCGAGUUCGUGUGGAAGUCACGCAAGGUCGCCGUCGAGGAGCGUCUCAGUGCGAUUCUCAAUGAAUGAGAAAAGUCAUAAACCCGGGAUGAAUGGGUUUAAAGGAAAAAGGCGAGAUCGAGCAUGAUAUGUAUGGUAUGAGUGUGGUCGUGGAACUUCAAUCAAAAAUGCAAGUAAAAGGCGGAAGAUGUGCAAUCCAACCGAUUCUCUAGAGCAUAUAUCAAGAACAAUAGAUUAAAAAUAGCCCGUUGUCGCUAUCCCACGCAGUCGUAGUACUUAGAUAUUCGAUACGAUAUACAAUAUUUUUGGGAUUACAUAGUUUGUACGCUGCCCGUGUGUAAAUGGAGAGAUCUACACGCAGGAGCCACCAAUGAAAGUUUGCACUACGUUCAAAUUGUUCGACAAGUAGCGGGCGACCCGAGUCAAGAAAUAAAUAUACACUAAAACUGCAAACUUAGGAAAGAUAUAAUAUGUAUAUUAAUUCGUAUAUAUAUUUAUACAGGUUAUACUUAUACUCCCUUUCGUAACUUACUCGUAAUAAUCAUAUACAUAAACUAUACACUAAAGGAACCACAACAACGCAACAACGCAACAACUUACAACAAAUCGAAAUCGAAUCGUAUUGCAUUUAUAUUUGAAAGCAUUUUUGGGAAUUGACCUAUAGAAGUAAUUGUAGCUAAAUUAUACGAGUACGAGUAUAUAAACAUGAAAGAUAUAUACAAACCCAUAAUCCAGACGACAAGAUCAGCGUGUUCGAGUAUCCCUAAGAUAUCUGGACACAGUUUACACAUAAAAAGAACAAAAAUUCCGAUAUUUUCAACGGACAACUAGCCAGUAGACCUCUCGCCUAAGUGUAACUGUAACUCUUAGCUUAGACAUACAAUCCCCAAUCCCCCCAAUCUAUUACCCCUCCAACUGCCCCUCAUCCUAAGACAUAAGAUUGUAAAAUGUAAUUAUCGCGCAUACAGGCAAUUCUGACAAACAAUUUCAUAAAAUUACUUAUAAUUAAAUAAAGCAAGUUAACAAAAACAUCACCAAAAA